CCAAAACCCCCUAAAACCCUCACUUCACAGUCUGUGCCGCCGGAGAUCGAUCCAUCGGCGUUCAAUCAACAUGUCGGGUUUCUCGUUUGGUUCUUCCUCCUCCCAAGCUUCUUCUUCUUCUUCUCCGUUUUCGUCAACCACUGGUUUCUCCUUCGGAUCCACCUCCGCCUUCUCGUUCGGAUCAUCCCCUUUAUCUCUUUCAUCUUCCUCCUCCUCAAACCCUAGUUCCUCUUCCUCUGCAUUUUCCAAUCAAACCUCCAAUCCUCCCUCUUCCACUCCCUUUGGCUUUGCCUCUUCUUCUUUUCCCUCUUCCGCUUCCUCUCCUUUCUCUUUCUCCCUUCCCGCCGCUUCCACUGGGGCCUCUUCUGGAAGUUCAGGUUCUUCAUUGUUUGCGGCUUCUUCAUCCUCAGGAGGGUUGAGUUCUUUCGGGUUUGGGGUUUCAUCUUCAUCAGGAGGCUCGUCUGCUCCUUCAUUUGGGGCUGCUCCGACCUCUGGGAGCUCACCUGUGCCCUCAUUUGGGGCUGCUUCGGCCUCUGGGACCUCAUUUGCGCCCUUGUUUGGGUCUGCUCCGUCAUCUGGGAGCUCACCUGUGCCCUCAUUUGGGGCUGCUCCGGGCUCUGGGAGUUCAGUUGCGCCCUUGUUUGGGUCUGCUCCGUCCUCUGGAAGCUCCCCUUUGCCCUCGUUUGGGGCUGCUCCGUCCGCUGGGAGCUCAUCUUCGCCCUUUUUUGGGGCUGCUCCAUCUGCAGGGACCUCGGCUCCGUCCUUGUUCGGAGGGGUGUCUUCUGCUGCAACUACUUCCAGUGCACCAUUGUUUGGCACUUCUGCACCCACUGCAAGUCCGGGGUCAUCGAUAUUUGGAGCUUCUACCGCCGCUUCAGGUUCAAGCUCCUCCCUGUUUGGGUCUAAUCCCUUUGCUUCAUCUUCUUCGGUAUCCACUUCGAACUUGUUUGGGUCAUCUUCAUCAUCUGCAUCGACUACUCCAUUCCAGAACUCUUUUUCUUCGAGUUCUUCCCAGAAUUUGAGUUCGUCUUCUCCAUUUGCGGCUUCUUCUUCUGGGUUCUCAUUUUCGACCACUUCUUUGUCCAAAACUACUAGUAUUACCGCAGCAUCUUCUUCUUCUUCUCUUACAUCAGCUUCUACUAGUUCCUCGAGCUUCUCAUUCGGAACACCUGCUUCAUCGGCAUCUCAAUCUUCUUUCGGGUUCAGUAUUAGCAAUGCAGCAUCGACGGGAGGGUCUUCUGCUCCGGGCACUACAGCUGCGAAGCCUACUUCUCUAUCGUUUUCAACUUCUGUGGCACCUUUAUUCUCUACGGUUACUACCACCAGUGCUUCCACUCCGGCUGCAACUAGCACAGCUCAGCCAUCCUUCUCCAUGCCAGCUUUUAGCUUGAGUUCUUCAGCUGCUACUACCUUAUCCAUAGCAGCAUCCUCCGUUCCCUCAACUACUUCUUCAGGUGCUGCGAGUUCAUUCACCGGUUUUGGCGUCACAAGCACGGCUGCUUCAUCAAGUGCCAUUGUUUCCUUGUCGUUGCCAACCAAAUCAUUGACUGCUGCUUCAUCAUCCCAAGCACCAGCCUCUUUCGGUUUCUCAUCUCUUGCUCCUGCUUCCACUGCUGCUACCACCACGUCUGGUUCCAAUGCUUCCAGUCAGAGUCAGACUUCAUCAACUCUUGUUAUAGCAAGCAGUAGUAGUGGUACAACUUCAACUGUGAGUACCACAGUGUCUGCUACACCAAAAUUACCAUCUGAGAUAACAGGGAAGACUGUUGAAGAGAUCAUCAAGGAAUGGAAUGCGGAGCUUCAAGAGCGUACUGGAAAGUUUCGGAAGCAGGCCAAUGCUAUUGCUGAGUGGGAUAGGAGGAUUUUGCAAAAUCGGGAUAUUCUUCUUAGACUUGAGAUUGAAGUUGCAAAGGUUGUUGAGACCCAAACUGAGCUGGAGAAGAAAUUGGAGCUGAUAGAAACUCACCAACAAGAGGUUGAUAAGGCAUUGCAAAGUGUGGAAGAAGAUGCUGAGCGCAUUUACAAGGAUGAACGUGGUUUACUCCUUGACGAUGAAGCUGCAUCUACUAGGGAUGCAAUGUAUGAGCAAGCUGAAUAUAUAGAACGAGAACUUGAGCAGAUGACAGAACAGAUCAAAUCAAUUAUCCAGACCCUAAAUGCGAGCCAGGGAGGAGAACUUGAUGUGAUUGAUGGGAUGACGCCGUUAGAUGCAGUUGUUCGAAUUUUAAACAAUCAAUUAAGUUCAUUAAUGUGGAUCGAUGAAAAGGCCGAAGAGUUUUCUUCACGUAUACAGAAGCUUGCUGCUACCCAGGGUCCUGCUGCAGAUCGUGAAUUGUUGGGUCAGAAGUUCUGGAUGUCUUAAUUUGUAAGCUGGUUUCUGUUUUAACUGUUGCGAAGAUGAUUUGAAAUUAGUGUUCACAGGCCUUAACACAUUCACAUUUGAGGUGUUUCCAUUUCUGCUUUUUUAAAGGAAUCAUAAGUAUAAGGCGGGCAAUGGAAUUUACGGCUUUUUAGAUGAGAUGGGGAUAUUUUAAUUCACAAAUUAUUCUCAAGUUGAUGCAUAUAAACUUUUAGUUCUCA